AUGGAAAAAAUACACUUUACAACGAAAGCAUCUAAUUAUAUUAAAGAAAAAGUUUUUACCUCAAUAGUUACUAAGAAGACAGAAUUAGAAAUUAAUGAGGAAGUAAAAGAAGAAAUAAAUGAGCUUUAUGUGGACACUCAAACUUCAAUAUCUUUUCAGGAACAUAAUGCUGCUGAAGUAGAUACUUUAAUUGGUUUACAAAAUUGUAUCUUGAUACCAUCAUAUGCCUCUCGCGUGGUAAACGAAAAUGGAUAUUCUGAGUGGCUGGUGCGAGUUCAUGGCUGGGCCUAUGGGACCAGUCAAAGCCGCAAAAAGAAGUUAGUAUUGGGAAUGGCGAGACGCGUUGCAGGAUUGAAUAAAGAUGAUGAAAAAAGCAAGUUAUUAGAGGAUAGGAUUUCUAUGUUUUUAACAAAAAAUCUCCGAAAUCAACGGUACAAAGUGCAAAUAGUCAGUUUGGCCCAUCCAUCACAUAUGGAGCUAGAUGAAGACCCCGAUAAGGUUGAUACUAAUGUUGAUGAUGACGACGACUGUGACGACGACAACGACGAUGAUGACACAAGUAGCAAUUUGUCUGAAAAUACUGGGAAUUCUACAUUAACGAAUUGUCAGGAUCUUCAUCCAUCAAUUUCUAUCACAAGUAAUACGGGACAUUUUCAUAAUAUUAUUAGAAUUCCAGUAGAAAUUGUUGACGAAUGGGUGAUCAAAGCUCAAAAAGAAGGAAACGGAGAUGGGAAUCACGUGAGAUUAUUGAAAUUAGAAGCUUUACCGGAAAGUGAAGGAAGAAGACAUGCUCGGCCAUCAUAUGGGACCGUAAGUUUAAUUGAAGAUGAAGGGAUCUCUGUCAUAUCAGUUCCUGGGAUGGCAGAUGUGUAUAUGGACUGGUAUAACAAAGGUGCAUCGAUUCAUUAUGUUUCAAAUUCUCCGUGGCAACUAUUUCCUAUGCUUAAGCAAUUUUUUCAUAUAAAACGUUUUCCACCUGGCUCAGCACACUUAAAAUUCUAUAAUGAUUUGGUAAAAAGUCUUCUUGAAGAACCGGGAUUGACGAAAAAAAAAUACAUUGAAAAAAUUUUCAAAGACUUUCCUCGUCGAAAAUUUAUUCUUAUUGGAGAUAGUGGAGAAUAUGAUAUGGAAAUAUAUUCAAAGAUAGCGAGUACGUAUCCGGAACAGGUCUUGCAUGUGUUUAUUCGAGAUGUAUCAUCAGAGAGUCUCAAAAAAUUAUCGGAAUCAUCCACUAAAAGAUCGCGAUCAUUUCCAUUCAUUUCCACGCGCUCUUCUUCUAAUGUACCAAUUCGUACAAAGACAAUGCCACCAGCAGUAGAUACAUCCAAAUGUAACAAUAACUCUAACAUUAUUAGUGAUAUAGAUGAGAUGUUACAUUCGCCAGAAACUUUAGCUUCAGUAACUCCUGACACACUCUUACAAAAAUUCUAUGAUAAAGUUGAAACGUGUAAAGCGUUGGUGCCUAACAGUGCGUUUACACUUUUUAAGGAUAGUCGGGAGCUGAGAGAGAAUAUGAUAGUCAAUAGAGAAUUUGAAUUAUUAUUAGAGAAACAACGGCAGAGACCAUCUCGACAGAAUACACAUAUUGAUUUAAUUUAA